AUGAAGACCUUCAUCUUCCUUGCUUUCCUGGGAAUUGCGGUUGCUUUUCCCACCAACGAUGAUGACGACAAGAUCGUUGGAGGAUACACUUGUCAGGAGAAUUCCGUCCCCUAUCAGGUGUCCCUGAACUCUGGCUACCAUUUCUGCGGUGGCUCCCUCAUCAGUGACCAGUGGGUGGUAUCUGCAGCUCACUGCUACAAAUCCCGAAUCCAGGUGCGUCUGGGAGAACACAACAUAGAAGUUCUUGAGGGAAAUGAGCAGUUCAUUAAUGCUGCCAAGAUCAUCACCCACCCUGGAUACAAUUCAGCCACCAUGGAUAAUGACAUCAUGCUAAUUAAGCUGAGUUCAAAAGCCAAGAUCAACUCUCGAGUGUCCACAAUCGCUCUGCCAAAAUCUUGUGCAGCUGCUGGUACUCAGUGCCUCAUCUCUGGCUGGGGCAACACUCUCAGCAGUGGUGUCAACUACCCUGAUCUCCUGCAGUGUCUGAAGGCUCCCGUCCUCUCUGACACUGCCUGCCGCAACGCCUACCCAGGCAAAAUUACCAGCAACAUGGUCUGCCUUGGCUUCCUGGAGGGUGGAAAGGACUCUUGCCAGGGUGACUCUGGUGGCCCUGUGGUCUGCAAUGGACAACUCCAGGGCAUCGUCUCCUGGGGCUAUGGCUGUGCUCUGAAAGGCAGACCUGGCGUCUACACCAAGGUCUGCAACUACGUGCAAUGGAUUCAGCAGACCAUCGCUGCCAACUAG